AUGUCCUCCUUAUCCUACUCAUUGGCGGCAGCCUCAUUGCUCUUAACGUUGAUUGCCACUGUUCUCAACGGUGUCUGCUAUGCCUAUUCAAAAGCAUCGCCAGAUGUGGCUUCAAUCGUUUUGAGUGCAGUGAGCUGCGUGGCCUUGAUUGCCCUUGGUCUGCUGCACCAUAAGAACAUCCAAACUGGCCGUCUACAAUGGAUUUACUUCACCGGCGGUUACCUACUCCUUGCCGCCGGAGCAUCUGCGGGAGCAAUGGCAAUGAGUCCUCAGGGCUCCGUUUUCGUCGUCCGCUCUGUUUUUUGGGCGCUGUCAGUAUUCACGCAAGGCGUGUACUGCGGGUUCCUCGCCUUGACACUAGCAGAGGAAAAGUCCAAUCCCAAAUGGCCGCAAGCCUAUCCCCAAGAGCUCAAUAAUAUCUCUAAAAGCCCGAGUCCUCUCCCAUCUGCUCCUCGAGUAUGCGAUUUAUCAGAGCUAUUCGAACCAAAAAGAUCCUCUCUCCGCAAAUUCCCUCGACGGUCCAGCCGCUACUCAGAUGCCACUCUUUGCCCUUCAAGCACGAAAGAAGAGAAAAACACCUCGAUUGAUACAAGUUCAUCAACCCGCAACUCACCCACUCCAUCCCUGACAAGGGAUAGAACCGAUACUCUCCCAGACCGGGAUACUCGUUCCCUCCUCCGGGGCGCCAACAGCAUUCGCAGCAUGCCCAGUAUGCGCCGCAAUUCACCAACCGCACUCUCAUUAGAUAGCUUGGUACAACCACCAAUGCCCUCCCCAACUACUUCCGCUUCAACGCUUCAUCUUGACUCUCCAACCCAGUCAGCCUCCAAUAGCGCAACGUGGGAAUACAAUCCCUUCAGCGAGAACAAUAUCCACCCUCUUUUCCGCUCAACAAGCCCCUGCCCUUCUCCAACUUUCACCCCUGGUACCAUCGUCAAGGCUUCACCAAGCGCGGGACAAACCAUCCAAGCGGGAACGCUCACCCGCAUGAGAUCUGCCCGCUCGCUCCGCGACCAGAACAUGCGCACGCCUUCCCCAUUGCCCGGGGGUUUGGAGGUGAAUGAGAGCCAGGGGCGAGGCAACCAGGCUCGAGGCAGCUUUACGCAAUUGCUGCCGGAGAAGAAAUAUGACUUGAACGAAUCCCCUUAUGAAAAGUGA